AGCGGCAGAGCGGAGCGGAGCAGCGAGGCACCAGCGAGGAGCAGGCGGGCUGGCCGGCGGGCGCGAGGCGGAGCGCGGGCGGCCGGGGAAGCUCGAAGGGCGGACGGCGGCGAAGAGCGAUCGGCCCGGGGCCGCGGGAGCCGGAGACCGCGGCGGCGGUUGCUGCUGCUGCUGCUGCUGCAGGAGGAGCCGAGGGGACACCGCCCCUGCCCGCGCCCUGCCUCAGGCCAUCGCUGCUGCUCCCCCGGGGCCCCGCGCGGACUAGCCUCCGUGAAGUGUCACGAUGUCUGACCGGAAGGCAGUGAUCAAGAACGCAGACAUGUCUGAGGACAUGCAACAGGAUGCUGUUGACUGCGCCACGCAGGCUAUGGAGAAGUACAACAUAGAGAAGGACAUUGCUGCCUAUAUCAAGAAGGAAUUUGACAAGAAAUAUAACCCUACCUGGCAUUGUAUCGUGGGCCGAAAUUUUGGCAGCUAUGUUACACAUGAGACAAAGCACUUCAUCUAUUUUUACUUGGGUCAAGUUGCAAUCCUCCUGUUCAAGUCCGGCUAGGAGGCCGCAGUGGAGGUGUCCGUGGCGGCGGCAGCGAUGGCAGGCAGGCGGCGUUGCUGGGACUGUUUUGCACCGGGGCCAGCAUCAGGAUGUCCUCUCCAAUGGCUGUGCUACUGCAUGGACUGUAUACUCGAUUUCAUGUGUAUGUCGCAGUAAACAAAACCAAACUUCUUUCUGUUUAGUUGCCUGGGGAAGAAGGCUGCUUUAUGUUUAUUUUUCAAGACUUCAAAAUCUUUUCUUUGGUUGUAUUGCACUAGGAAAUCUCUCCCACCCCUCCCUCUUCUCUUUCUCUCCCUACGUAAAAUUAAAAAAAAAGCCCUCAACGAAGCCUGUAAGACUAGGAGGGCAGGGGGAGAGCAGUCGGUUUCUGGAGGCAGAACUCAAACUGUGCAGCCACCUCCUGGUGGUGGGUGCUGCUUUGGAAGGGCUGGGGAGGCUGCUGGGGGCAGCAUAAGGCUUGGCAAGGAGAGAGGGAUAGGAAGGAGGCUAGGGGGAUUGAUCUCUAGUACCAGGGAGAAUAUUCCACUGAACUGUGAUUCCACGACUUGGGGCAGAGGGUGGGGUGGGGGUGGAUUCUUUUGAGGGGCCCUGAGACGUGUUUGUCUGUGGUGUGUGGGAGUGGGGAGCAGACUUGUCUUGCUGUCUUUGUCAGAACAGUUUCUAAGUAAGGGCUGUGUCUUUGUGGAUUACCUUCUUCUAUUCUUCCUGCCAGAGCUCGUGCUAGGAGGAUGUUGGGGGUAGGAUUAGCUUGAUUUUUCUCCUAUUCAUUCUUCUCUCCUUCUCUCUGCUCCCUGCUUAGCCCUUGGUUUUCUCAUUCCUCUGGAGUUCUCUUAGAGCAGCCCCUGUUAGUUGGCUGGCAAGGGAAUUUCUGGUGACUGUAGUUCCUUAGUUAAGUCUUAGCAAUCAAACCAAAUCAGUGUCUCCCUUGAUUCUCCUGUGUGUGUGUGUGUGUGUGUGUGUGUGUGUGUGUGUGUGU